AUGGUCGUAAGAAAACUAACACUAAUUGCACUAUAUGUGGCAGCAUUAACCAUUCAACAGUAUGUUACAGCUGAUGACGUACCAUUCCACAGGACUCUGCAGAGGCCAGGCGAUGGUUCGGUGGGUGAACAAAGCACACUAUCAGGAAGACAUGAAAACGAAGAGGAUUACAGCAGUCUGUUGAGAAAAGCCCAGCAUGAUAAACGCCAGUAUCAAGAGUGUACUAAUAUGAACGAUUAUUACUACUAUUAUUAUGAUUGGUAUGAUUAUGAUGAUAUGUUUAUAUGUGACAAUGGACAGUGUAUUUUCCACUGGAAUCAGUGUAAUGGAUAUCCUGAUUGUGACGACUGGAGUGAUGAACUUAACUGCACUUGUUACAGUAACCAACUUAGAUGUGAUACAGGCAUUUGCAUAUAUAAAGGACAUAUAUGCGACGGGUAUAAUCAUUGUCAGGACUGGAGUGACGAAACUGGUUGUGACUGCCAGGGCGACCAUUUCACAUGCAACAAUGGGCGGUGUCUACCCUCAACAGUGAAAUGUGACGAUCAUAACCACUGCGAAUAUGGCGAAGAUGAAUAUUUUUGUUCAUGCAAUACCACAGAUGACUUUCUGUGUGAUAAUGGUCGAUGUAUUCACUCACAUUACGUGUGCAAUAAUUAUGACAAUUGCGGCGACCUCAGUGAUGAACGCAAUUGCACAUGUGAUUAUAACGAAUUGCAGUGCGAUGGCUACAAGUGCAUAUCUGAGUGGGAUGUAUGCGAUGGCUACAUACAUUGUCAAGAUCUGAGCGAUGAGAUAAACUGCACUUGCAGUGACGACAUGUUUACCUGUGACAAUGGUAUAUGUAUUCAUCACAGCUACAAUUUGUGUGAUGGUUAUAAUGAUUGUAUUGACUGGAGUGAUGAACUCGAUUGCGACUGUAGUUUACCUGGGGCCUUUGAUUGUGGAUAUUGGAAUUGGGGAUGUUUGACAAGUAGCAUGGUUUGUGAUGGUCACAAUACCUGCAAUAAAGAUGAAUUGUACUGUGGUGAUGCGUGCCAAGGAUUCGAAUGUGAAUAUGGUCGAUGUAUCCCAGAAACAUCACGGUGUAAUCAUUAUCUGAAUUGUAGAUUAACUGAUUUUAGUGAUGAAAUUGGAUGUGCAUGUAACGACACCAACGAAGUAUUAUGUAGUAAUGGAGUUUGCAUUUAUGAUUGGCAAUUGUGUGAUGGUGAUAAUGACUGUGGUGAUUGGGGGGAUGAAGGCGAAAAAAACAAUUGCACAUAUGAAUAUUGCGAUGGGUUCCGAUGUGCUAAUGGUAUGUGUACGGGGUGGUACGAUUCAAAAUGUGAUGGAUGGGCUUACUGUGACGACAAGAGUGAUGAAAUGAAUUGCACUUGCAAUAGUGACUAUAUGUUUCUAUGUGACAAUGGUGUUUGUAUUGAGGAAUGGGAUGUAUGUAAUGGUUAUUUAGACUGUGGGCACCCGGACAUUUCGGAUGAAAUCAAUUGCACUAAUUGUUGGGAAUAUAGUUUCCAUUGCGACAAUGGACUGUGUAUAAAUCGUGACCAAUUGUGUGACGGUUAUAAUAAUUGUGGCGAUUGGUCAGACGAAAUUGGUUGUAAAUGUUCAAAUACAAAUCACUUCACGUGUAAUAACAAGAGAUGUACUUCUAUUGAAGCAGUGUGUGAUGGUUACGAUCAUUGUGGGGACCAAAGUGACGAAGUAAAUUGCGGAGAUUGUUCUGAUGGUUAUUUUCUAUGUGAUAAUGGCAUGUGUAUUCCGCAUUAUAAAGUUUGUGAUUAUUAUGAUAAUGAUUGUGGUGAUUACAGUGACGAGAAAGAAUGUAAUAAUACAGAAUGCAAUAGCCAUUAUGAGUUUCAAUGCGAAAAUGGACGGUGCGUAUAUAGGCAUGACCUUUGUGACAAUUACAAUCACUGUGGUGACUUAAGUGAUGAAUCUGGCUGUGAUUGCAAUGAUGAGACAAGUUUCAAAUGCAAAAAUGGACGGUGUAUAGCAGCCGAGUUACAAUGCGAUGGAUACAGUCAAUGUUGGGACGAUUCCGACGAAAUCAAUUGUGUUGGUUGCCGAAAAGGGUCCUUCUUGUGUAAUAAUGGUCGCUGUAUUGAAGAUUAUAAUUUGUGUGACGGAUAUGAUGCUUGUGGUGAUUGGAGCGAUGAAAACUGUGGAUACGAUUCUGCAUUGCAUUCUCAAUGCAAUAAUGGAAGAGUCAUCCCAAAAUAUAUGGUAUGCAAUGGCCAUAGUGACUGUGGAGAUGCCAGUGAUGAACUGAACUGUCCUUGUGAAUUCAACUGUACAAAGUACGAGUAUUAUUAUCACUACUAUUACUACUACUAUCACUAUUACCACCACCAUAGACAAUGUAUUCCCGCCUUCCAAAUUUGUGAUGGUUAUUAUAAUUGCUGGGAUGGUAGUGAUGAAGAGAACUGUACAGAUUCAUGUCAACCCAAUCCAUGUCAGAACGAUGGACUCUGUGUCAAUGAUAGUUCUGAGGGUUAUCACUGCCAGUGCCAAGAAGGACAUCACGGAAAACACUGUGAAGAAGAGUCAGAUGGCAUAAUAUGCAGUGAAACCAAAAUGAGUGCAGUUGUUAGCAAGAGUUAUAUUUUGGAGCUCCUUCAUCAUUCCGGUGCAAAUGCGUCUUACUUUCAUCUGAAUGAUCCAGCGUGUACUGGUAUAGAUGUUAUUCAUGAUGGCGAAGAUGCAUUUUUGUUUGAAACAUUCCUUUUUGAUUGUGGUACUAUCUCUAUAGAGAAACCAAAAGACAAGUCAAUAGAAUACAUAAACAUGGUCUAUACGGAAAGAGGAACUAAAAUCAUAGAGCUACUGUGUUGCUAUGGAACUGAAUAUAUUAUUGCACCUAUAUAUAUUGAAGCUAAUCCUUGGUAUGCUUUCCACAAUAAAGCUUACUAUUAUGUAAUUCUUAUUGAGCGAUAUUCGCGGUACUUUCGGACAAUCUUGGACUUGUAUAAUCUACCUCAAAUGAAAUACACUAAACAAGCAAAUUGUAAUUUGAUAAGAGAGUAG